AUGUUGUGGCAUUUCGUCGAUACCAUCUCCUCCAAAAUCCUCUACCGUACACCACGCCGCAGGAUCUCGAUAAAAUAUCCUACGCUACAGAGUAUCCGCGACAAUCUCCGCAACAUCUACCCCGACCCGUACGACAUCCAGAAGUUCCACGAGCAGUCUAUGUGGCUGUUGUCAAGGAUAUGCAAUCUCGCUUUUCCAAUGGAAAUUCAUGGCACCAAACUUAGCAGCGACAGGAAGAGGGAAGCAGAACAAGGAGAACUCGAGCUUCCCAACUCCGCCUUCUACCUCAUGCAAAAUGCUAAGAAGUGUUCUCUGGUUCAACAUAGCAAGGGGCUUCUCCUUACGGAUCCUCAUCUGAGCGAACGUAGCAAUGAUGUCGAUAAUUCAUAUGCCAACACUAACGGCUCUGCAAACAGUCCUCUGUCGAAGACGCACACCCCCAGCACCGGCUCUCUGCACCAUCGACAAACGCAAAUUCGAAGAUGAAGACGACGCCACCGACAGCAACGACAGAGCCAGGAUGACUAGUGGUGGGACUUACAUAAGAAGGGGGCAAAUGGAAAGAAACGUACACAGGCAUAAAUAACUGGUGGAAAAGGUGUCUAGGAAGGCUUGAAUAGCACCUGAAGCUUGUUGAGACUAUCACAAAAGAAACAAGAG